UACAAGCUCAGUACAAUCUUGUUUUAGUUCUGAAAGAAAUCUUGAGUCAGUCGCACUAAACAGUCAGCAGUUAUUCGUAUGGAAACGUGAAUAAAAACAGACCAGAAACAGGGCUGAGAUAUCCACAAACAAGAACUGAAAAAUGCCCCUAGAAACUAUAUCAAUCAGAAACCCCUCCGCCAUUGGCCGAUUUCCAUCUGGCACUCUUGUGUUGGAUGAACCGAAGGCGGCGGAGGAAGAGAAGAAGAAGUGGACUUGUAGCGGCUGGAUCCGCCAGUGCUGCCUCCGCUGCUACUGCCAUAAAAAACCUAAAGAUGUCACAGAACCUGUUAUUAUAAAACCCCCUACUGAUGGACCUAAAGAAAACAACGAGACGAAAGGUUUAUUGGAGGUACGUUCAAUAGACCUUCUUAAAUCUAAGACCGAACAGAACCGGUUGGAACAUCACACAGAUCGCUAUAACAGUGAACACCUCAUCAUCCGCAGGGGCCAAACUUUUCAGAUGAUGAUUGAACUCUCACAACCUUUCAACCCAAAGACAGAUAAACUUCACUUAGAGCUGAGACUAGGUAAUAUCCCAGAUGUUUCCAAAGGCACACUUGUGAUUGUGAAUUUGGUUGAGGGUCUGAGUGAUAACUGCUGGGAGGCCAAAAUCGUUGAACAAAAGGACAAAAAUAUCAAAUUGUCUGUCAUGUCCAUGCCAACGGCUUCUAUUGGCAAAUACAAGCUCAGUGUUAUAACACAAAGCUUGACAGGCGAGUCUAAGUCAUCUUACUCCUCUGACAGUGACAUCUACAUGCUGUUCAAUCCCUGGUGUGAAGAUGACUGUGUGUACAUGGAUAAUGAGGAAGAGAAGAAAGAGUAUGUUUUAAAUGACACGGGUCUAAUCUAUUAUGGAACUGAGAGCCAGAUUGGAGACAGACCAUGGAAUUUUGGACAGUUUGAUAAGGAUGUUCUGUCAGCGUGUUUAUUUUUGUUGGAGAGAAGUUGUGCUCGUGCGUCAGGUUGGGGAGAUCCUGUCAGUGUGGUCAGACUCAUCUCUGCAAUGAUUAACUCACCAGAUGACAAUGGUGUGUUGGAAGGUAACUGGUCAGGUAAGUAUGAUGAUGGGACAUCACCUGCAGUCUGGACCGGUAGCAGUGAUAUCCUGAGACAGUAUUAUGAAAACGGAGGAACGCCGGUGAAAUAUGGACAGUGCUGGGUCUUUUCUGGAGUCACCACCACAGUGCUGAGGUGUAUAGGAAUUCCUGCCCGUUGUGUAACAAACUUCAACUCGGCUCAUGACACGGAUGUUUCCUUAACCACAGAUGUUUAUUUAGAUGAGAACUAUGAGCUAAUUGAGGAUUUUAAUCAGGAUUCAGUCUGGAACUUUCAUGUAUGGAACGACUGUUGGAUGGCUCGUCCGGAUCUACCUGCAGGUAUGGGUGGAUGGCAAGCGGUGGAUGCCACUCCUCAAGAGACCAGUCAGGGUGUAUUUCGCUGCGGUCCCGCCCCUAUCACAGCUGUACGAAAUGGACAGGUUUUCCUCAAGCAUGACGCAGCGUUUGUUUUUGCCGAGGUGAACAGUGAUAAAGUCUUUUGGCAGAGGGAAGCUGAUGGGAUGUUUACUCAGGUUCAGGUUAUGAAGAAUGCGGUAGGUCACUAUAUCAGCACUAAAGCUGUCGGCUCUGAUGACCGCGAUGACAUCACACACCUCUACAAAUAUCCAGAAGGUUCAGAGGAAGAACGUAUCGCUGUGGAAACAGCCUGUAAAUAUGGCACCAAAGCAGCGGUCUACAGUCCAUCUGGGGCUGAGGACGUCACCGUUCAGAUCACAAUGGAUGAAGAAGAACCUCAGCUGGGUACAGAUGCUAAACUGUCCAUCACCAUAAGAAACACAAGCUCAGAACAGCGCAGUGUCACUCUCUUCAGUCAGGUGGCAGUAGUGUACUAUACUGGAGUACAUAAAGAGACAGUAAAGAAGGACCAGAUACCUGUUGAACUUCAACCUAAUGAAGUUGAGAGUGUGGAGUGGACUUUACUGUAUGAUGAUUAUAAAAACCAGCUGGUGGAUCAUGCAAUUCUGAUGCUCACUCUCACUGGACGGGUCACUGAGACUAAACAGGUUUUGGCAACCCAGUUCAGUUUCAGACUUCGCACACCAGACAUCCUGAUAACUCCUGUAGGUGAUGCUGUAGUUAGCAGAGAGUUCAUUGCUAAGAUUAUUUUCAAGAACCCACUGCCCUGUACACUGAAGAACGUAAAGUUUCACAUUGAAGGACUGGGACUGCAGAGCGUUAGAGAGAUUUCAUAUGGUAAUAUAGAAAGCUUAGCCAUGGUGACUCUGACAGAGAAGUUUAUUCCUACAGAGUCUGGACCACAGAAGCUUCUCGCUUCACUUGACUGUCGACAGCUAACUCAGGUGCAUGGAGUCGCCAACAUUGACGUCAAAGCAAUGUGAAAUAUUUUUAAAAGGAAAAUUGCUAACUGCACUGAAGCUUGAAUGUCUCUGAAUGAAGAUUAUAUUCCAGUUUAUUGGAUUGUCUAAAUGUUUUCUAUAUUUAGAAUAAAAUGAGAAAGCCUUAAGAAUCACAUAUAUGACAUAAAAUAUAGCUGGAGUUAUUUUCCUUUCUUUUUUACCGUAUUACUGUAAACAAUCUGUGCUGUUUAAAAUAUAAGGUCAGUAUUGUAAUUUGUUUAAUUCAUUUAUGUUAUAAGGUAAAAAUGUAGCUAGUUAAAAUUAUUUAUUCUUUUUACAUAAGUCUUAAGAUUUUUUUUCCUUUUUUUCAAAAAUGUAUCUACAACUUAUAAUAAUUACUGUUGUUAUAAUUAUAAAUAGUCUAUCUGUGUUAUUAUUGAAUGUUUAUACUUUUUUUUUUAUAAAACCAAACCAUACUGUUUUUUUUGGGGGGGGGGUUCUAACAAACUGUCAAUGUUUGACAAUAUAACAUUCCAACCUGGCCCAUCUCCCAUGCAGAACAAUGGCAGAAGUCCACAAAGUAACCAUAUAUUUAGCUAGCACACAUAUGCAAACACACUUAAAACUUAGAAACAUAAAUAUACAUAAAAAUAACGAAACUACCAAACUCACCCCAGUUAUGCUUAGAUUCUGACCUGCCGGAGACUUUACACCUGGCCCGUCUCCAUGUACUGUAGUUUUGCCAGAUGACUGAUCAAUCAAUCAGGACAGAUGUAGCUGGUAACUUUCUAAAAUUGUUACCCCAUCAUUGUAACAAAUAAUAUAAAACAAAGCUCAAAUUUGUCCCAUAAUCUAACAAUAAGAUGAGGAGCAUCAACAUGACCUUAACCCUUGUGCAUCCUUGAGGACAUUUUUGGCUUUUUGUUUUGUUUUUUUGAUAACUUUGCCUGCGUAAAUGCUAACUGCAUAAAAUUUGCCACAGGUGUGUAUUUUUAUUGGAAUUUUAAUAUUUCACCUUCAUUUCCUUUUAAAAAUCUAUUUUCUACUAGGUACACAAAAUACUUCCUCUCAGGACCUUUUGGACAAAAAUGUCCCCAUUGAAACCCAUUAAAACUGCAAUUUUUUAUCCCGGUGCCAUUCAACUAUAAAAUGAUGCAAUCUUUGUUAACAUGCUUUCAUUUUGUUGGCAAGGCUUCAAAAUUUAAAUUUUUUACUAUUUUUUACCAGAUGGUGCCAUUUUUUUAGGUUUGUCAAAUUAUCGCUUUAUUGUUGUUUUCUGCUGUUUUCAGCUUAUGCAUAUUAUAGAGCCAAUUAGAUAUAUUAUGAAGCUAUAAUUGUGUGGGUGUGUUGGUAUGGAUGUCAGAGUGUGGUUUGUAUGUGUGUACUGAAAAUUUUAUGUGUGUGUGUGUGUACCUGGGAAUUAUCACGUUGUGGUGACCAAUUGUCCCCACAAAGACAGGAAUACCACUAUUUUUGUGACCUUGUGGGGACAUUUUGAGGUCCCCAUGAGAAAACAAGCUUAUCAAUCAAACAGAAUGAUGUUUCUUGAAAAUGUGAAGUAGUAGAAGGAUUUCUGUGAUGGUUGGGGUUAGAGAAUGGGGCAGGUAAGGGGAAUAGAAUAUACAGUUUGUACAGUAUAAAAUGCAUUAUGUCUAUGAAAUGUCCCCACAAAAC